CCGCCUACGGUCACACCGAACCGAACAGCUGUUUUCCCGCACAGUCUAUUUGAUAACACUAGGAUUUUGAUUCCACCUGUUUUUUUCCAAAUUGAUCACUGAAAACCCGCUGGGAGAUGCAGUUCCUCCGUGUGGGGGGUCGUAUAUCGGCACUGCGCCAAAGACUGGCCGACAGGUUUCAAAUGCCGGAGCGCUUCAAGGACACCUUCGUGGAGAAGUGGGUGCAGUACUGGAAUGGAUUGGUGCGGGACUAUUCGGAGGUGGCGGUGGGCGUGGUCCGGGAAUCCUACACGAAGCCCAAAAAGGCGUUGCUCUACGGGACCGGAAUGCUGUUCUUGUACCAAGCGGGCCUCAAUAAUCCUGACGAGGAGGCCUUUAUGACUUUACUAAGGAGAUCCACGAAUCGGAUGAUCACAGUGCCCUUCGAACUCCAGAAUCCCGAGUCCGCCGAUUAUCUUUUGACCCUGGAGCGGGCCAUCAACCAAAAGAAACUGCGACUCCUUUCCUUGGGGAUCUGUACGAUCCUUUGGGUGGAUCUCUACGACGAGGACGACUGCACUUAUCCGGCCAUCUGCGAGUACACCAAAGUGGGCCUCCUCAACUUCCACGAGAGGAUCAUCGACGUUGGCUUCUGGAAUCAGUACUGGCGACUCAAAUGGAAGAUGCGCAACUACGAUGUCAACUACCUGUGAUCCUAUACUGAUACCUUUCGUUAUUCUUAAUACCAUGUUGUUGAUCAAGGGAAUACAAUAUAUGUAUGUUUUUAGUACAGGAAGA